AUGAGCGGGAGCGCGUUCAACGCCUUCAAGUCGCGCGUGCCGGUGGCGUGGAGCCCGAAGCUGUACAUCACGCUUGUGCGCGGGCUGCCCGGGACGCGCAAGCUCCACCGCCGCACCCUGGAGGCCAUGCGCCUCCGCCGCUGCCACCGCACCGUCGAGCACCGCACCACGCCCUCCCUCCUUGGCAUGCUCACCCAGGUCAAGCGCCUCGUCGUCGUCGAGACCGAGGAGAUGUACAACGCGCGGAAGCAGGCCGACGAGCAGCGCCGCGCGCUCAGGCCCCCGCUCGUCGUCUCGCACGCCCCGCCGCCCAAGCCGGCCGCCGCCGCGCCGGAGGGCGCCGGGCAGUAG